AUGUCAUGGUUAAGAUAUUUAGGAUUAACCGUUCCUUUAGCGGCGUUACGUAGUUAUCUAUAUAUGGCAACAACAGCAACAACUUCAUUAUUUGUAUUAUUACCAAUUGCUAUGAUUACUUAUGAUCAAUAUUAUAAAACUUUAAUACCUAAUGAAUCAUCACCAAUUAUUCCAUUAAAUUUUACUACCACUACCAUCACUUAUAAAAAUUUAAAACUGAGCAGUAAUAAUAAUAAUAAUAAUAAUAACAACAACAACAAUCAUAUUUCAAAUACUAAAAAUAUAUUAAUAUCUAAUGCUAUAAAUCCAAUUUUUCAAAAUUAUCAAUAUGAUGAUCAAUUAAUUUAUAUUUUCAAUAUUAAUAUUCAAGCCAUUUGUUUACCUCAUAAUAAUUUACAACAUGAAAUCACAAAAAUCAAUUAUGAAUUAAUAUCAAGUACAACAACAGAGACUACAAACGACAAAAAUGAUAAUGAUAAUGAUAAUGAUAAUGAUAAUAAUAAUAAAUCAUUUAAACAAGGAUCAAUUAUAUUAAAUUGUGAUCCAUAUGUGAUUUAUAGUCAAAAUAAUCAAUUUAUUCCAUUUAAUUUUCGAUUUUGGUUAAGUCCUUAUUUAAUUGAACAUUCACAAAUUAAUAAUAUAAAUUUAUUACCAUUAGAAAUUCCUGGUGAUCAAUUGAAAAAUUGGAAUAAUUUUAAAAUCAUUUUAAAUAAUAAUAAUGAUAAUGAUAAUAUUAAUAAUCAGGUAUCAACACCAACAGCAGCACAAAAUCAAGAGAUACGAUAUUUAAUUGAUGAUAAUUUUUCAUGGAUUCAAUUUGAUGUGAAAUGGACUGGAUUUAGAUAUUAUAUGGUUAAAUAUUAUUAUAGUUGUUAUUUAAUCGGGACAAUAAUUUUCUUUAUGGUUAGUGCUGGUGUUGGAUUUUUCACUAGUUAUACAAUUUUAUUACUUAAUAAUAGAAAUAAACUAUAA